AUGACUUCUGCUAGAAAGGAUGGCUUAUUGCCUGAAGAGAUGAUAAGAAAACAAGAAAAAUUAUCAUACCAUUGUGAUAUCUGCAAAAAGUCUUUCUCUCAGAGAGGUAACCUAACUACUCAUAAAUGCAUUUCUACUGGAGAGAAACCAUAUCACUGUGAUAUCUGUGGUAAAACAUUCCCUGGAUUUAUAAACGACGUAUUAACUAAUCAUAAACGCAUCCAUACAGGUAAGAAGCCAUACCACUGUGAUACCUGUGGUAAGUCAUUUGCUAUAAAUAGUACCUUGACAGCUCAUAAACGCAUUCACACUAGAGAAAAACCGUAUCACUGUGAUAUUUGUGGUAAAACAUUCUCUCAGAUGAAUAAUUUAAUUCAUCAUAAACGUCUUCAUAUAGGAGAAAAACCCUAUCAUUGCGAUAUGUGUGGUAAAUCAUUCCCUGGAAGUGAUGGUUUAACUAUACACAAACAAUCUCAGACGUCUGUUGCAUGA